CGGGCGAAGGCGGAGCUCAACGCGACGCUGCACGACGGCGCCUGGCACGACGUGCACGUGCACAUGGACCGCAAGGGCGUGGGCGUGAUGCUGGACCUUUGCGGGCGGAGCUGGGAUGAGCCAGACGCGGCCCACCAGUGCCUGGCGCGGGCGGCCUGGACCCACCGCGAAGGAGAGGCGGGAGAGUGGGUGCCGUCGGGACCUCUGCAGGUGGGCGGCCUGGCGCACCCGCCGCCCCUGCCGCAGGACCACGGCUGGCUCUACGCGGCCAAGGGCGACCCGCUCGAGGGCUGCGUCUCGCACGUCACCGUCAACGGUCAGCUCCGGAGUGACGGUCCCCCAGUGCUGUUGCAGGUGCAGGACCUAGGGCAGCCGCCCAACGCCCAUGCCACCGUGGGCGGGUGCAGACAGCAAGAGCAGGCGUGUGCGGGCGGGUGCGGCCUCCGUGGGCUGUGCGUGGGCGGGCUGAAGGAGUCAAGGUGCGAGUGUGAGGCCGGGUGGGGCGGGCACCGAUGCGCGACGCCCACAGUCCCCUCCGCCCUCGGUUCCUCGUCGUACAUGAAGGUGGCGCUCUCCUUCGCGCCCACGCCCACGGCUCUCUCCGUCCAAGUGCGCGUGAGGACCCGGGGCGCGCGGGACGGGCUGCUGGUGCGCCUGGCCGCCCACCGCCCGCCGGCCGCCCUCACUCUGCAGGUGAGCAUAGAUGGGCGUGUGCAGAGGCAUGAGUGCUAUCAGGAAGGGGGGCCGAGCAGAGGGGGAGAGGGCGGUCGGAAAGGCCCCACGCAUCCCGUUCUGCCGCCCUUCAUCCACGUGGAUAAGCACGACGGGGUCACCGUCGGCGGCUGGCCGGAGUUUGAGGCAGGGCGACUCGUGCGCGUGCACCACGACCUCAAUGAAAGCUGCAUCGACGAUCUGCGGAUCUCAGGGCGGGCGCUGCCUCUCCCGCCGGCGGUCAACGGAAGCCGGUGGGGUCAGGUGACCUCUUCCCGCCACUUGACUCUCGGCUGCGCUGGCAACCCGGCUGGAUGUCUCAACUUCACCUGUGAACCUCCGCUGACCUGCACUUCCCCCUGGGGUCGACAGCCUUCUUGCAGCUGUGGUCCAGGCCGUAUCCAGGUCGGGCACGCAUGCGAGGACGUUGACGAGUGUGCAUGGCAACCCUGCCUUCAUGGGGGUACCUGCUACAACCUGCAGUCUGGCCACAAAUGCGUGUGUGGCCCAAGCCAUGCGGGGGACCACUGCCAGUGGCCACACUCAGGCCCAAACACAGGACCCCUCGGCAGCCCAGGCACCAUCACUGCUUUCUCCGUCGCUAUUUUGCUAAUGGUUCUGCUGCUUACAGUGCUCUCCCGACACCUGGCGCGGCAUUUCUGCAGAGGGGGCCCUAGGGGGGGGAAGGGCACGGAGGAGCAGGCCACGGGGCGAGAGGCCAAGGGAGGGGUCACGGAGGGCGGGGGGGAGCGCAACAUCAGAAAGGACGGGCCUCAGGGACCCUUUCUGAAGGACUUCGAGUGUAGGAUUACAGGUGCAGACCCCGCUGUGUGGCAGAGUGAAGACUUUGAAACUGACCCUUCUUUCGAGGCAAUACCUGUCUGUACCAGGUCCUGCAUGGAUCAUAUUGCAGAGGAAGGGAGGCAAGUGGUUGUCCCCGGCAUUCCAGGGCCAUUUUUACCUUCUGAUGACCUUCGAGCUUAUGCCUACGAGGGGGAUAGCUCUCCGCCAGGUUCCCUCUCCUCUACCGUUUCAGCACUGCAAGAAGAAAUGGAUAAUAUCAAACCUCAAAUGCCACAACUCUUGGAGGUCAUGGAACUUCUGAAAAAUCUUCCUGACGGGUCAAGAUCUUCCUUUACAAUAAGCAGUCCUCACACACAAGAGGAACGAAAAGAAGCCACUGAAACCUCCCCGAAAUUAUGUAAACAGGAACUACACAGUCAACCAGAAGACCGCACAAAGAUUCCAGGGACUGCACAGGUUCGAUCACAACCUUACCUUUUCAGACUUUUGAUUCAGUCUUCUACUUUUAUAUCACAUAAAUGGAAAAAUGUAAUAGGCAGCAAUUCAUCCAAUGAGGAGAGGCCUCGGACUGAUCUGCAAAGAAACUCUCAGCUGGCUACUAUUUCAUAGAAUCUUCCUCUACUGCGGUGCCAUUCGGAAGUUUUCCGCUGCCAGUUAUUUCAAAGAGUCCUCCUCCCCUUCUUUUUUUUUUAAACAGCUUGUCCACAGAGUAAUUGGGCAUGAACUGGGUAAUGGGCAGGUGAUACAUAUUUUUACUUUGAUAUCUACACUGAAGUCUCUGUGAAUAAAUACCAAAAGAUUAUAAGAUUCCACUUGAAAUUAAUUCAUUCCUGAAGUUCAAUUAAAAAGGAAAGAAAUGAAAAAAAUGAAAUAAAAUAAGUAAACAAACAAAUAAAUGAAUCUAUAAUGUUGCCUACGACAGGAAAUUGUUUAACAGAAUAUAAUAAACCACCUUCAAGAAACUGCCCAUUCAGGAAAUCAGUCUGAGAGGUCAUUUUUAUUCAUUGCGAUAUUUUUCUAGUACCUUUUAAGUUUAGUACAUUUGGUGUGAUAUAAUUAGGUUUUAUAAA